AUCUUUAGGUUUAUAUAUUCUAAAUUCGACAAGUAUGUUUUUUUUCAGGAUUUUCUCAUUCCCGGAUCUUUCCAAGGUUCAUGAAUUCACAACACACGAAAAGGAAGUGGACGAUAUUGAUUUUAGUCCAGACAGCAGUAAAGCAGCAAGCAUUAGUAAAGAUAGACGAGCUCUUGUAUGGGAUAUAAAGAAGGGGAAGAAGCAUGCUGAGCUGGGCUGGGAGCCCCCAAGUAACAUCAAGUAUAUGUUCAAGAGAAUCAAGUUUGGAUGUGUUGAGGGGGAUAUCAAGAAGUAUAAAGUAUACACAAUCUCCAAUCCUGUUGGGAACAGCAAGGCCCCUGCUAUACUUCAUAAAUGGAACUCUCAAUCAUAUACAGUAGAAAACCAGGUUAAAAGUCCUGGUUUAACCCUAUCCGCCCUGGCAGUAAGUGACAACGGAAACUUUGUAGCAACUGGAUCCAUGUCUGAGGGUAUUGUUGAGAUCUUUGCUGCUUUUAACCUAAGUCUUCUAAAAAGAGUCAAGAAUGCUCAUACAACAUUCAUCACAGGAUUGGAGUUUCUCCCUACAGGAGAGGAAUCAGCUCCAGCUAGAGGGUUUACAGAUGCUAGUGUUGUCAGUAUAUCAGUAGAUCAUCAGGUGUGUGUACACCAUGUACCCCGGUUAGCGACAAUACCCUCCACCUGGGCCCUUUUCUUCAUAGUUCUUGUUCUUGUCUGCACCUUCAUCUUCUGCAGUUUCAUUGGUCUCUAGAUCAUCAUAGUUCUUGUUCUCGUUCUCAUCUUCAUCCUCUGUAGUUUCUUUGGUCUCUAGAUCAUCAUAGUUCUUGUUCUUGUCUGCACCUUCAUCUUCCGUAGUUUCAUUGGUCUCUAGAUCAUCAUAGUUCUUGUUCUUGUCUGCACCUUCAUCUUCCGUAGUUUGAUUGGUCUCUAGAUCAUCAUAGUUCUUGUUCUCGUCUGAUCAUCAUGGUUCUUGUUCUUCUCUGAUAAUCAUGGUUCUUGCUCUUCUCUGAUCAUCAUAGUUCUUGUUCUUCUCUGAUCAUCAUGGUUCUUGUUCUUCUCUGAUCAUCAUAGCUCUUGUUCUUCUCUGAUCAUCAUGGUUCUUGUUCUUCUCUGAUCAUCAUGGUUCUUGUUCUGCUCUGAUCAUCAUCGUUCUUGUUCUUCUCUGAUCAUCAUAGUUCUUGUUCUUCUCUGAUUAUCAUGGUUCUUGUUCUGCUCUGAUCAUCAUCGUUCUUGUUCUUCUCUGUUCACCUUAGUUCUUGUUCUUCUCUAAUCAUCAUGGUUCUUGUUCUGCUCUGCAACUUCAUCUUCUGCAGCUUCAUUGUUCGUAAGGUCUUCAUCAUCUUCAAGCUCAUUGAUCUUCAGAUUUUAAUCAUUGUUAAUAAGAUGUUAUUUAUUUUCUUUAAUCUUUUAAUGUUAUUCUCUAUUAAGACCCAGUAUUUAUUUAUUUACAAAGUUCCAAACAAAUCCAAAUCAAUUUUUUUUUAUAAAUUUACCGCUAAAUAGUUUUUUUUUGUUCUAAAUAGCCCCAAAAAAUAUUAUUUUUUAUGAGGGUUUAGCUCAUAUCUUCAUAAUGUUACCGUAUGGUUUGUUGUUUAUGCCAUAUUUAAGUUGUAUUCUUGUUUCUCCUGCAAGAGACAAAGUAUCUAUAAGACUUAUUUUUCUGCUAUGAGAUUAAAUUGUAGGAAUUGUUUUCGUAUUUUAGUGUUCUACAGAUUGCUCAUUGUAUUUGAUACUAAAUACUGUCCCCAAUUUGAUUAAAUACAGGCUAAUUUAUGUCUCGUAAAUGUUGAGAAAAUAAAAAUAAAACGUAGUUAUACGAACAUAUUCAUUCUUAUCUUCACUUUUCAUUUUCUACACUUCUCCUGAAAGUUAUAUUUUCAAGGUUUUCUCCAGAAUUCCUCUUCUUGUUGAGGAAUUUUUAGAUACUAAUUUAUAAAUAAGAUUAGUUGUUAAUUCUAUAUUUUACUAGAUUGUAGUAUUUUAAGAAUAUAUUAAAUUUAUUAAAUUCUUACCACUGAUGCAUUUCUAACGAUAUUGUAAUGCAAUUUUAGUCUUAAGAUUUUAAUAUUGUAUCUUAGUUAUUAUUAUUUAAUAUUUUUCCGAUCUAAUACAUAUUGCUAUCAAUAUGGACUGAAUUUUGAGAAUAUAGAUUCUAAAUGCUAUUAUGUUUAAAACUGAAAUCUUUUUAUUUUUAGUUCAUCAUUUAAUUUUCAGUGACAUGACGUGUAUGUUUUAAGAUUGUGAUAAACUAUUGUACGUUUCUAUGUGAUAAAUUGUAAGUAAAUUUUAUUAGUGCAAACUUUGAAAUAUUUGAGAAAAUGUCCGGUUUCUAAAUUUCAACCUAUUCUCAUGAUAAAUGUGAAGUUAUGAAUCAUUAUAUGCACUUCUAUUAGAAUUUCAUAUUUUGCACUUGUUGUUUUACUCAUUACGACCGGUUUCAGAA